UACACAUCCAUCCAAUCAUCAUGGGCUGUUUCCGUGCCCUGCUGCCCUGCAUAGGUUCCUUCGCUGCCUUUUUACUGGGGAUGCUAUGCAUCUUCGCUGGGAAUCAGAGGCAGUUGCCGCAGGUGGAUCUUUUGACGCUAUACACCCACGGCAUCGGCACCCCCUCCACCGAAAACGCCGCCCCAGCCCCCGACUUCUUCUCCGUCUAUCCAAUGUCCUACUGCAGCGGCUUCCAAGUCCCCGACCCGAAAACCAACUUCACAACCACCCAAAACCGGCUAUUUGCGUGCUCGGACCGCAGCGUCCUGUUUAGAUUCAACCCAACCUCGGCAAUCCUGAAAGCCGUAGGCAACGAGUCCGGGACCCUCGCGUCGGAUAUCUGGCCGUCGUGCAUCACAGACGAUUUUGGGAUGUUGCAGCCGACCAACUCCACCAUGGUGAUAUUCUAUAUCUUCGGGACAACCGCCGCGGCCGUGGCUGUGGGGGUGAGACUGUGGUCGCUGGCGUCGGCGAGGGCGCUGGGGAGAGCCCGUUCGAGGUCGAAUGAUAGUAGUCGCAGGAGCAGUUAUCCUGGCCGGUCGGAUGUGCGGUUCGAGUUUGACAAUCCGCCGUCGAGGGUGGAGCUGGUGGCUUUGUUGGUGAGCAUGAUCGGUCUGGGCAUCGGAUCCGUGAUCGCAAGCAUGAUCGCCACCGAGUUCGUCACGCUGAUCAAUAUGUCCGGCAACGCGUACGGGGUGUCGGCGACCGCGGGGUCCACGUUUCUGGGGCUCACCUGGACGGCGGAGGUGUUGCAGGUGCUUGGUACCACAGACACGGCGGUGGCGAUCUUUCGGUCCAGGGCUAAGCGGUGCUGGUGUGACUUGGAUGAGCGGGUGUCGCUGCCGGAGUUGGCGGAGGAGAAGCCGCUGGUUGGGGGGGAUUGAUUGAUUUCUAUCAUUUGGUCAAUUUUUUAGGAGGUAAACGGGGAGUACU